GGGGUACGAAGCUUAACAACAUGAUAGCCACAAGAAGGUUUUAUAAUUCUGUGCAUUUGUCACGAUUUAUAUGUACCAGGACUCGAUUAUACACCACAGCUGCUAACACAAUCGAAGCGCAAUUUCCUCCACGGCAAUUACUCAUUAAAGUAGAGGAAAUUCCAGAUUUACCAUUUGUUGAACAUAUAACUUUACCAUUUAAACAUUUUAAACCAGCUGCAUCUCCACCCGAUUAUACCAAGACUCCUGUAUUAUUCAUACAUGGGUUAUUCGGCUGGAAGAACAAUUAUCGAUCUGUAGGUCAAUUGAUCCUGGAAAGAACCAAACAUCCAGUCUAUGCAUUAGAUCUUAGAAAUCAUGGUGAUGCUCCACAUGUAUUACCACACACUUACCUGGCAAUGGCAGAAGAUGUUCAAGAAUUCUUACAUGACCGUGGCUGGGAGAAAGUGAUUUUGGUAGGUCAUUCAAUGGGAGCCAAAGUUGCUAUGAUCGUAUCUUUGUUGUAUCCUGAGUUGGUUGAGAAAUUAGUUGUUAUUGAUAAUACUCCACAUUAUCAGCCUUUGGGUGAGCAAUAUCAACGAGAUUUAUUAGCCAUGUGUAUUAUUGAAAGCCAGAGAAUCGGGUUUAAAGAAGUCGAUGGGAAACGUAUUAUAGAAAAGAAAAAGAUUGAUGAGGUUUUGUCUCAUUAUGAGCCUAACCACACGGUCAGAGAGUUUUUAAUGAGUAACUUAAUUACAACAUCUGACCAAAGAAGACGUAAGACUAUAUACCCUAACAAAGAAGGAUUUAGACCACCGGUAAUGAAUUUCUACAAACAUGGAAUUAUAAAUAAUUUAGGAGGCUGGCCCCAUAUCUUACUGGAUAAUAAGUUUGUCAAGCCAGUACUUGUAUUGAAGGCGAGGAACUCAGACUUUAUAAAGAUUCCUGAUUAUUUGUUUGAAUUUGACAAGUAUUUUGAAGAUUAUGAAGUGGUGGAAAUUGAUAGUGGACAUUGGAUUACCAGUGAGAACCCCAUGGCGUUUGUUGAUGUGACUGCAAAGUUUAUUGGGGAACAAGACUAAUCCACAUAGUCCUAUAAACAUCCAAACAUUAACGUUUACGUAAAUUUUACAGUUUACAUCAUCCGUAAAAAAAAAUUGAAACAAAAAAAAAUUAUAUAAAGAGGCGACAAAAACUUCAGUUUUUUUUUUUAGUUUUGCUUGUUUUAGUUUUUUUUCGCAGUAGUAAACAACCUCAUCACAAGCUACAGCAAUACACAGCAGUAUAUACAAAGACAAUGUCGGAAUAUUCGGGUUCAUCAUCGGAAGACUUGUCUCUACCAAAGGCGACAGUCCAAAAAAUUAUAAGCGAAAUAUUGCCCAAAGAUAUCGCAAUUUCAAAAGAUGCAAGAGAAGCGAUAACUGAGUGCAGUAUUGAAUUCAUAAUGAUAUUGUCAACUCAAUCGAAUGAUAUUGCAGAAAAGGAAGCAAAGAAAACCAUCGCACAUGAACACGUAGUAAAAGCGUUGGAGGAAUUAGAUUUCCACAAUUAUCUCGAAAUUAUCAAUAAGAUUAUCAGUGAACAUAAAGAAUUAUUAAAAGGUAAAGAAAAGAAGAACAAUAAGUUUCAAAACUCUGGAUUAUCAGAAGAAGAAUUGUUAAGACAACAAGAAGAAUUAUUUAAGAAAUCAAGAGACCGUUUGAACAGUCAAGUUAAGACUGAAUAAAUAAAAAACCUAAUGACGUAAUGAUUGGCUUUUCUACUGGCGUUUCACUGGAUACUUUUAUUUCUUCGUGUGUGUGUUUUAUAGAUGUAUUCUUUUGUAUAUUAACUGAUGUAUACUACCACUACCCCAAUAUUAAUUCAUAUAAUAUAAUGAAAAUAUUUAACACAAUUAAAGGUAUUCUCAUCAAUGUUCUCGUAGCAUUUAUCAAAUUAAUGAUUUUAUUCUUUAUUGAACCUUCGUCGUUCACAGCUAUGCCAGUGUUGAACUGAUUGAAUUGUAUAUUGGCUUGCUGGUCAUAUCGUCUUGAUCCCCAUCCAAUUCUAUUUAGAAAUCUUUCUUCACUCAAUACAGCAAUCCCGUUGAUUGUCAAUACAACAACAUAAAGUAAUUUACCUAAUCCAAACAUGGUUAGCUUCUAUAAGUAGGGGGGGUUCUAAGUAAUGCAGUAGUUUGUAACACG